AUGUUAUUACACUGGAGCUUUGGUAUCCUACAAUGUUUAGGCUUAUGGCAAGCGGCAAACUCGAUCAACUCUACAUGGAAAAUAUUUUUUUAUUUCAUAUACACUAAUUUUAUGAUUAUAUUUAUUUACUCAUGUGUAUUAUUUGAAUUAAUUGCACUGAUUGGAUCCUUUGAUAAUCCCGAGCUAUUUAUUAAUAAUUUAAUUGUUUUACUCACUAUGGUUGGUGUUUGCGGUAAAAUUGCCAACGUUAUUGUAAAACAAAAAGAAAUUGAUCAACUUAUUGAGAUUCUUGAAAGUUAUCCGUGUUGCUAUCAAAAUGAAAAAGAAAAAGUUAUUGAAAAAAUUUUUGACAAAACUAUCAAAUCGAGAACAAUAGCUUACUUGAUAAUGACAGAAUCGGCAGUGGUGAUGGUGGUAAGCGUAUCGAUACUUUGUGAUACUCCAAAUCGAGCAUUACCCUUUGACAUAUGGUUACCAUAUAAUUAUAAAACGUCAAAUAUUGGAUACUGGAUCGCUUACAGUCAUCAAAUUUUUGCUCAUAUUUUUGGAGCGCUAAUAAAUGUCGCUUACGAUACUAUGAUACCAGGUUUUAUGUUGAAAAUUUGCGCCCAAUUAUCUAUUUUAGAGCAUAGAGUAGGUUUACUGCUCACCAAAAACGACAACUUAUCCAAGUCAUUGGAUGCUAAAAAGCAGAAAGAAAUGAAUCAAAUUUCAAAAUGUGUCCAACACCAUCUAAAAAUAUUCCAAUUGUCUGAAAUAACAAACAAAGUCUUCAGUACUGUUACUUUUUUACAAUUUUCCAUCAGUUCCAUCGUGAUAUGUGUGACAGUUUAUAGAUUAUCUCAAAUAACAAUUGAUAACCCAGAAUUUGCACCCACUGCAUUCUAUUUUACUUGUAUGCUCACACAGAUUUUUUUUAUUUGUUUCGCCAGUACCGAAUGUAAUCUCAAGAGUAGCGAGGUAGCUGCGGCCAUUUAUCAAUCUGAUUGGUAUAAUUUGAAUGUAGACAAUCAAAAAAGUCUAUUGUUGAUAAUGAUGCGUAGUCAAAAAACGCUUAAAUUUACCGCUGGGCAUUUUGUCGACGUAUCUCUCAAUUCGUACAAUCAACUGGUUAAACUUUCUUACUCAGCUUACAAUGUUCUUCAGUGA